UUCGCUCGGGCAGCUGUCAGUCAUGUCAUGAUGGCGACUUUGAUGGUGUCCAUCCAGUUCGUGCAACAUCGUACAACUUUUCACCAGCCGUAGUUUUCCCGACUUUUUUCGUUCGUUUCCUCGUUUUCCCGGCGUUUUUCUUCCGCUUUUCCAGCUCAGGGACCAACACCGCCCGGCCGGAAUCUGCGCACAACCGUCCCCCGUUGAUCCCCCUUGCGGGGUUAAACGCCAACACCAGUAGCGCGGGCGCGCGUUGCGCUCUCUAAACCGCCGUACGCCGGCGGUUCCCGCAGCAUCAUGGCCAACGCCGGCGAAGGUUCCUCGUCCGGCAAUGGACGCCAGCAAAAUCACCAAAGCUUCGAGCAGUUCAUCUCGCAGUUCAACAACCGGACUUCCAUCCAACCGCAACAGGGCGGAGCAGGUUCGUCGUCCCACGUGGAGUCGUCCAGCUUGAAGCCGACCGCGGCCGAGUUUGUACCGCGCUGGCAGAACGAACCCGGCCAGCCGAGGGGUCAACCCCAGGAGAAUGGUGGUGGCCGGGGUGGGAACGGUAACAACGGAGGAGUGCGCAGGCAGUACAACGAAGGAGGAUCGCGGUGGAACAACGGAGGACGGAGGAAUAACCGCGGGGGUGGCGGCGGCGGUGACGAUUACGGUAGGAAUCGUCGCGGGCGGAACUUUAACGAUUCCCGGGAUGGUCCUCCGGAGGAUGGAGGUGGGUUCUACGAGCAGGAUAGGCCGCAACGGCAGCAGCGAAACCACCACCAACAGCAGCAACAUCAGCAGCAGCAGCAGAGUAACGGUGGUGGGAGAUGGAAGGGAAACGCCGGAGGAGGAAGAUUCCGGAAUGGUGGUGGGGGAAGAGGUCCGAAGAAUGAGAGGGAGCAGGGCCCGAUGGGGAAUGGAGGUGAGGAGAACCAGAGACAGGUGGAACCUGUGACGUCGGCGCCGGAACGAAAGGAACGUCGACCAAAUGGUUAUCAGCGGCAGCGUGCACGACAGGAAAAGUUGGAGGCCAACAUCAUCUCCAAGUGUUCGCAGCGCGAGAAGCUGAUCCGUGAGCUGGACUCGUGCCGGGUCGAGUGUCUCGUGUGCUGCGAGCUCGUCCGUCCGACGCAGUCGGUUUGGUCCUGCCUCAACUGCUAUCACAUUCUUCACCUGAACUGCACCACCAAGUGGGCCAAUUCGUCCCGGUCGGACGACGGUUGGCGCUGUCCGGCCUGUCAGAACGUGUCGAAGAAGAUCCCGCGGGAUUAUUACUGCUUCUGUGGCAAGCAGAAGAACCCGCAGUACAACCGCAGUGACGUGGCCCACUCGUGCGGGGAACUGUGCGGCCGGGAAGAUCUGUGCGAACAUCCGUGCACGCUGCUUUGCCAUCCGGGACCGUGUCCACCGUGUCAGGCGAUGGUUCAGCGUAGCUGUGGGUGUGGUCGUACGACGAAGCCGCUGCAGUGCAGCCAAAAGGACGACAUCGCGUGCGAAGCGAUCUGCGCGAAACCGCUCAACUGCGAAAUUCACACGUGCCAGCAAAAGUGCCACGUGGGCGACUGUGCCGAGUGUGGAGAAACGCUGGAACACGAGUGUCACUGUGGCAAGCAGAAGAAGCAGGUCACCUGCACGGUGUCCAACCUGGACAACACCCGGUUCAGCUGCGAGGCAGUUUGCGAUGCCCAGCUGAGCUGUAACAAUCACGCCUGUACCAAGGUGUGUCACGCAGGUCCCUGCGGAGAAUGCGUCCUCUCGCCGACCCUGGUCACGUCCUGUCCCUGUGGCAAACAGGCCAUCGUCAAGGGCGAACGCGAAAGCUGUCUGGAUCCGAUCCCGAUCUGCAAAGCCGUCUGCGGCAAACAGCUCCCUUGCGGAAGUCCCGGCGCUCGUCACGUGUGCUCUGCCAAAUGCCAUCUGGACGAGUGCCCCCCUUGCAACAAGACCACAAUGGUCAAGUGCCGCUGCGGCCACAUGGACCAGCAAAUCAAGUGCAAACAGCUGCAAACGCGAGCCGACGACGCUCGCUGCAAGAAACGCUGCACGCGGAUGAGAAGCUGCGCCAAGCACAAAUGCAACCAGGAAUGCUGCAUCGACUACGAUCACAUCUGCACCAAGACCUGCUCGCAAGCCCUCACCUGUGGCCGGCAUCGCUGCGACAAACCGUGCCACCGCGGCUCGUGCAGCACCUGCCACCGGGUCUCCUUCGACGAACUGACCUGCGAGUGCGGCGCUGCCGUCAUCUUCCCGCCGGUGCCUUGCGGAACGAGCAAACCUCCCUGCAACAAACCCUGCUCCCGCCAGCACCCCUGCUCCCACCCAGUCCUCCACAACUGUCACUCCGAACCCAACUGCCCGCCCUGUGUCGUCCUCACCACCCAGCACUGCUACGGCAAACACGAACAGCGCAAAACAAUCCCCUGCUACCAAAGUUCCUUCAGCUGUGGCCUCGCCUGCGCCAAACCCCUCCCGUGUGGCCGCCACACGUGCAUCAAACCGUGCCACGAAAACGGAUGCCAAACCGCCGAGCACGAAGUGUGUCGCCAGAGUUGCACCAAAACGCGCACGACCUGCGCCCACCAGUGCAAGGCGCCGUGCCACGAGGGCGACUGUCCGCCGGAUCUGCCCUGCCGGGAGAUGGUCGAGGUGACGUGCGAGUGUGGCAACCGGAAGCAGAUGCGCACGUGUCACGACUUUAGCAAAGAGUACCGCCGCAUCACGUCGGCCCAGCUGGCCUCGUCGAUGCAGGAAAUGCAGCGCGGCGGAUCGGUCGAGCUGAGCGACAUCCUGGGCACGGGAAAGCCGAAGAGUAAUAAGACCCUAGAAUGCAACGACGAGUGCCGCACGCUGGAGCGCAACCGCCGGCUCGCCAUCGGACUGCAGAUCCGCAACCCGGACCUGUCGUCCAAGCUGCAGCCCAACUACUCCGAGUUCCUGCGGACGUACGCCAAAAAGGACCCCGCCCUGAUCAAGAUGAUCCACGACCGGCUGAGCGAGCUGGUUAAGCUGGCCAAGGAGAGCAAACACCAAAAAUUAACACACUCGUAAGUGGGUUAUUUCGGA